AUGAACAACAACGAACAUGACGUGGGCACCGAGAGUAGCAGCCCUACGCUCGCACCGUGGCUGCCCAUCCCAUCUCGCGCUGUCUCGGCCAUUGAGCAUCCAUGCAUCAUCAAAAAUCUUGACAAGGGCAUUACCUCAUUAGGCGGGUCAGUCAAACUGAGCAAGGGUCUGAGAUCCAAGCUGGAGACAACCGCCGACGUUGAGGGCGACGAUGAGCUUCAAAAGCUUAUUUCUGUGUCACUGCGGCCGAACGACCCAUUCGCCAAGCGUCUGCUCUCAACACCAGUGACGACUAACAACCUGCUACUCAAGGUGAAGGUUCCCAAACGAACUGGCAGAAAGAGGAAGCGCGGUACUACAGGGCCAUUUUUGUCCGAGCUUGAAGCUCAAAGAAUCACUGACGGCGCUGCUGCAAGUCUAGUGAAGAGCACGUAUGUUGAAGCUUCGACCAUCUACCAGAGCCUACACGACAAUGCGUCUCGGUACGAGGUCGCGUUUGCUGGUGUCGUUGACGAGACACAUCGAUUUCGAGCCAUGCCGGACUUACAAUACGCCGCAUCUCACGACAACCUAAUGGUCGGUCUAAGAGAGCAUGUAUUACCUGCACGGUACGCCGACUUGAAGAAGUACGACAUCAACACAGAGGCUGGCGCAGAUCCAACGAAGAGCGUGGGGCCUUCAGCCGAGUUUCUACAGAUGCCAAUUGCGUUCAAUUAUAAGUUUCAACAAAAUGCUUACGUCAAGUACACUGAUCAAGGCGAGGUUAACGUGCAGAGACGUUUCCAGUACAACAGCUACAUCAUUCUCAAGCCCACCGACGAUGCUGUGCCCAUACAACCUAAGCCAACUCUGCAGCCAGAGUCAUCCCUCACGCCUUACCUGCAGACACUCAUCGCUCAGAUCAGAGACCUCCUCAAAGAAAGACCUAUCAUCACGCGGCACAUGCUAUACAACAAGCUCGGCUGGGAUAAGCGUACUCGUUUACGACAAGCUGCUGUGUACUGUGGCUACUUCUUUGAGAGUGGCCCGUGGCGCGAAGCCCUCGUCAGCUGGGGCAUAGAUCCUCGCAAAGACCCUCAAUAUCGACGGUACCAGACUGUGUCAUUCAUGUCCUACAAGAAACGUGGCACGGCCAGGCACCACGAUGCGUUUGACAAACACGUCCAAGAGCUUGGGCGGAUGACGUCAGAACAACUUGAGCAUCAGCAUACGUUUGACGGCAUCCAUGCCUCCAAUACUGGCAACACAUUCCAGUUCUGCGACAUCACCGAUCCACUGAUAGCUAAGAUCCUUGCGACGGAAGAUAUUCGAACCAGUUGCGCUCCAACCUUCCAGGGAUGGUAUCAUGUUGGUACGUGGGCUAAAGUGACUGUUAUCUUGAAGCACAAGAUGAACACAAUCAUUGGAGGCGAGAUACCUGAUGACUCUCUAUACCAGCGUGUCUGUCUGUGGCCAGAGCUGUGGGACGACCAGGAAAUAUAUGCUACCUAUAGGGACGAAGUCAACGACCGCGAAAUGCACGAAGCAAAGCGAAGAGAACAUGAUGUCAUGCAUAACGUACGCAUUGCUGCGAGAAACCCAAGAUACGCCUUUGAAAAGAUGGAGAGACCAAAUGGCAUAGACACCAGCACGACUGGUGUAGCUGACGCAGAGCCUGCUGAGGAUGUGGAGAUCCCUGAGGACCUUACAGAAUAUCCAGACAACCCGGAAACAGCAGAAGCGACUUCUAAUGACGUUGUACAGAACGAUGACAGCAGCGACAGCGAGGACGAUGAUGGCGAUGAAGACGAAGAUGAUGAAGAUGAUGACGAGGAUGCCCACGAUCAGGAGCAAGCUGUGGAUGAAGAUGGCGUUUGGGAAGAAGACGACGAUGAUGAUUCUGCGGUCAUAUCUGCACGAGCAGUCUCAGAAGGUCCUGCGCCAUUUGGUGGCCUGUACAAUGUCUAG